AUGGCUUCCACAGUGGCUGUGACCUUCAAUGUAGAUUGCUCCUGCACAGAGCAUGGUGAAGAAGUAUUUCUCGUCGGCUCGCACAAGAAACUGGGAGCUUGGGACCCCACCGAGGCUCUUCCCUGCUCCACGUCCGCCGCGACGUUUCCACGGUGGAUGUCCAAAGCUGCCAAACUGCCAAACGGAAGCAGGAUUGAGUUCAAGGUGGUGAUCCGCGGCCCCCGUGGAAACCGCUGGGAGCACGGGGAGAAUCGACUCCUUCAGGUGGAGCUGCCUCUGGCUGCCGAGGCAAAGAAGAUCGUGAGCCUGACCUGGGGAGAAGCCGGCGUCAAGGAUGCUGAAGAUGAAGAUAUUGUCGGAGCUUUGCCGACUGCCGGGGAGUUCUUCCGACGCACCAGCUCCCCGGGUGGUGAUGGGCCCUUGUCGAAGAUCAUGGAGCCGGGGACAGCGAUGCAAAAGCGUGGCAGCCGACACCUCUGUCGCAACAACGACGGACAAGUCAACCAGGAGAUGACCAGGACGCCCAGUUUACUAUUGAUCAAUUUCGAGAAGUUCAACGAGGAAGCAGCACGUCACGAGAAGGAGCUCGAUGCUAUUGAAGAACGUGCACAGUUGAACAGGCUCCAAAGGAAGAUGAAGAGCACGCAUCUGAUCGAGCGCAUGGCUAAGAUCACAGAUACUGUGGAUUCCUCGAAGAUGGUCCUUCUGCAAGGCUUCAACUGGGAGAGCUGGCGGUCUGGUGGAGGCGACUGGUACAGUGUCAUUGGAAAACGGAUCCAGAUGUUGCAUGACAUGGGCUUCACAGAUCUCUGGUUGCCGCCGUGCUCACAGUCCGUGGCGCCACAGGGCUACCUGCCGUCUCAGCUCUUCAACCUGGAUGGGUCCAAGUACGGUUCCCAAGCGGCACUGGAAACCCUGCUGGAGAAGUGCCACAAGCAUGGCAUUCGCUGCCUGGCCGACAUCGUCAUCAACCACAGGUGCGGGGACAAGCAGGACAGCCAGGGCCGGUGGAACCAGUUCUCCAGUGGGAUGACGACCAGGCCGAGCUUCGCAGGUGUUGGUGAUUGGGGCGGCUGGGCCAUCACCCUUGGGGACCAGUACUCCGACGGGAGUGGAAUGCAUGCGCCCGGCAAAGCUGACGGAAAGUUCGAUGCCGCGCCGGACAUCGACCAUCGGAACCCGAAGGUCCAGGACAGCAUCAACAUCUGGCUGAGAUGGCUUCGACUCCAGGUUGGUUUCGAUGGCUGGCGCUUCGACUUCGCCAAAGGCUAUGGUGCUGAGUUCGUUGGCCGCUACUGCUCAAAGAGCCAUCCCGCCUGGGCUGUGGGGGAACUCUGGACGGACAUGCACUACGACCACCAUGGGCUCUGCUACAACCAAGACAAGCAUCGUCAAGCUUUGGUGGACUGGGUGAAUGCCACGGGGAAAAAGUCGACGGCCUUCGACUUCACUACGAAGGGAAUCCUGCAGGAAGCCUGCAGGCUGACGCAGUUCUGGAGGUUGCGUGACUGCAACGGGAAGCCACCCGGACUGAUUGGCUGGCUUCCGGGAUAUGCAGUGACUUUCAUCGACAACCACGACACGGGCAGCACGCAACGACACUGGCCCUUUCCUGACGACAAGGUGAUGAUGGGCUAUGCCUACAUCUUGACACAUCCAGGAAUUCCGUCUGUAUUCUGGGACCACAUCAUGGACUGGGGUGACGAGCAUCGCAAGAAAAUUGCAUCAUUGCUCAAGGCCCGACGAGAUUCAGGCAUUCCUGUGGAUGCCCCGGUGAACAUUCAGUGCGCCGACGAUACCUUGUACUUGGCCGAGAUCGGCCAGCCACCAGCACUACGUGUCGCACUUGGCCCACGUCCAGCUGGCCAGCCAGACAUGAACUACUGGUCGCACGGACCGAAUGGCCAUGGCUACCGUGUGUGGGUGAAGAGGACCGCGACACCACAGGUCUACACGUCUCUUGGUCCGACUCCAGAGGCCACUCCCCUGGCGUCGCGUGCGAACUCCCCGCGCUCCAGGAAGAGUGAGGAGGGCCUGCGGGUCGGCACGGAAGCGCUGACGGCAGAGACUCUGAAGCUGAUGGAUUCCAGUCAGCUGCGAAAGCUCCGUGAUCGCCUGCAGGCCAUGCUUCAAGCCACGGAGACCGCUUUGGAGAUGAAAAGGCGCUAG